AUGAUCUCAUUAUGGGGUCUAUUAGCCGCUUUAACCGGCAAUUCGGUGAUAGGCCUUGGAAAUUGCUUACAAAAGUACGCGCUACAACGCGGUGGUGCCUCGGAAACUUCUGGGUCGUCUUCCAUACAAGAAACAACCAUUGCAACUACAAAUAUUGUUGAAGACAAUUCACAAGAACAAUUGAACUUCCUUAACGGGAAAUCUGUCACGUCUGUUUCUAGUCCUUUACUCGAUCGACACUCCUUAACUAUUAAUCGUUUUACUGGUAAAAAUGGAGAAGAUGACAAUGAAGGCACGGAUGUUAAUCUAGAUCGAACAUGGUUUCUCGGCAUAUCACUUGUAUAUCUUGGGGAAUUAUUUGGAAAUUGGGUGGCAUUGGCAUUAAUUCCUGCCUCAGUCGUAACACCAUUGGGAAUUCUCGGCGUAGUGGUCAAUGCGAUACUUGCAAAGUUUCUAUUGGGUGAAAAUGUUUCAUUUCAUCAAAAGAUCGGAUACAUUUGGAUAUUAGGUGGAGUAAUGGCGAUAAUUCUGUUCUCUGUCGCAAAUGAAAUGGAAAAUAAAUCAUGGACAGGUGCUGAAAUAGUUAAUUAUAUGCUGCAAUUUCGUGUACUCGGUUGGUUGCUGGUAAUUUUUAUCACAGAAUGUAUAUUAAUAUUGACUGUGAGACGACAAACAAGAAAAAAAGAAAUCUCUCUGGUUAUAUAUGUGAUGAUGACUGCUGGAUUUGGUGCGUUAACUGUAGUGGCUAGUAAAUUUUUGGCACUGCUCUUAACAUGUUGGUUAUUUAUUCCUAAUCGGUCUUCGGAAAAUAAAAUUAAUUUGAAUCAGAAAAUUGAUACACUAAUAUAUCGAAAUCAACGGAACAAUAUUCAAUUAAUGUUUGGAGAUGAAAUGUCCAAUUCAAUCAUAAUAUUCGCUUUAUUCACAUUACUAGUGAAUCUAGUGAUUGGAAUCGGGGGUCAAGAAAUAUGUAAACAAAUUGCCCUUAGUAAAUAUCGUAUCACUCAGUUUCAACCAAUGUUUUACGCGUCACACGUGAUAUUUGUCACAAUAAGUGGAAUGAUUGUGUUCAAGGAAGUUGGCGGGUGGUGGUCAAUAUUGGGAUUUUUUAUUGGGAUUAUGGCAAUUAUUCGAGGUGCUUCUUAUUUAUUGGGCAUGGAAAAUAAAUUUGUUUGGUGGUGGCGUCAAAGACAUGCUAUUAAAUCUGGUGUUGGUGUCGCAUCAGCCGGCAGUGGUGUUGGAGUUACUGGAUCAAAAAAAGCUAAACAUGAUCUAGAAACUGAUGCAUUAUUAAAAAGUAAUAGACAACAGCAAAUACUACCAGAAAUCGAAGAAGGAGGAGUUGGGUUUGAAUCGGGUGAUCGGGAUAAUCAUUUAAG